AUGGAAAGUGGUGCUCGAGACCCAGAGCACAAUGAAGAGAUUACUACGCGCGAAGAUGAGCAGGGGAGCUACCCCAAAGGCGGCCCAAUAGGCGAAGAGAGUGCAAAGACUCAAGCAGUCAUCUCAGAGCUAGACAACAAGAAACGAGGUCUCAAACAGCGACAUAUUCAAAUGAUAGCCCUGGCCGGAACAAUCGGCACUGGUCUCUUCCUUGCGACAGGAAAGUCGUUAGCAAGGGGUGGACCACUCAGUAUGCUAAUAGCAUAUCUCCUUGUGGGAGUGCUCAUCUGCUUUGUGGUUUUUUCUGUGGCUGAGAUGAGUGCUUUGGCGCCGCUUUCAGGCGGAAUUAUACGACAUGCCGAGUGGUUCGUGGACCCUGCGCUGGCGUUUGCUCAGGGUUGGAACAGUGUCUAUGCGAACGCUAUCCUAUUACCUGCGGAGAUGGUCGCAUGUGCUGUGAUCAUAGACUUUUGGUCUGAUAUCAACCAUGCCGUAUGGAUCAGUGUUUUGGGCGGACUUUUGAUCCUCACCAAUAUGCUGCUGGUCAGUAUCUAUGGUGAAUUGGAGUUCAUUUUCGCCAUGAUGAAGAUUGCAUUGAUCAUUGGCGUUAACAUUAUGAGCAUUUGCAUAACAUCUGGGGCUGGCCCACGAGGCUACCCUAUGGGGUUCCGAUUCUGGGGAGACCCCGGUCCAUUCGUCCAAUUCCUUGGAAUACCCGGCUCAUGGGGUCAAUUCCUUGGAUUUUGGCGUGUCCUGAGCAGUGCAGCCUAUGCAUUUUCCAAUGUGGAGAAUAUAUCCGUCGCAGCCGCUGAGACGCAAAACCCACGCUACAAUAUCCCCAAAGCUGCCAAAAGGGUAUUUUGGAGGAUUAUGAUAUUCUACAUCAUCACCAUCUUCAUGAUGGGCCUGGUCGUAGCAUCAAAUGACCCAGGACUGUUGUCAGAUUCUGGAGAUGCAGGAGCGUCACCCUUUGCAAUUGCAGCUACCAACGUCGGAAUCAAAGCGGUCCCAUCGAUUAUCAAUGCCGUGGUUGUGACAAGCGCUUGGAGCGCUGGAAACUCGGCAAUGCUGGUUGGAACUAGGACACUAUAUGGUCUCGCCCAAGAGGGCCAUGCACCUAGAGUACUGACUCGCCUCAAUCGAUUCGAAGUUCCUUGGCUUUCAGUUGCCGCCGUGGGAUCCUUCCUCGCCCUGGGCUAUAUGACCCUCUCCUCGGCAGCUUCACUUGUGUUUGACUGGCUUCAGGAAUUAGUUUCUGCGGCCUCCCUGGUACACUGGAUCAACAUCGAGAUCAUCUAUCUCCGCUUCUACUAUGGAUGUAAGAAGCAAAAUAUUGACCGCAAUGAGCUACCUUGGAAAAGCCCAUUCCAACCAUAUGCAGCCUGGAUUGCUUUGAUUGGGUUUGGGAUUAUUCUGCUCACUGGUGGAUUCUAUGUUUUUAUAGACGGAAACUGGAGUCCCGAAACCUUUGUUUCGUCCUAUUUCAACAUUCCGCUGAUAUUUGCUUUAUACUUUGGCUACAAGCUGUGGCGAAAGACCCGACUUAUUCCGCUAGAUGAGAUUCCAAUUCGCGGGUUCAUGCAGCUUGCAAAUGAGAGCCCAGAGAGUCUACCACCUCCGACUACUGGGUGGAGAAAGUUGAACAUCCUUUGGGGUUGA